UGACGUCGAUCGUAUACUGGGUACGCUGUAUGCCUGGGUGGACUGUAUAGUUACUUCAACAUUAAAUGGAAUAAAAAUGCUGCGGAUUCAUGUAAAUAGAGACGUCGCUUCAGCGUAAUUAAUUAAUGCUUCUUAAUUAAGACAUUAAGACCCCUGGAGCGCGUGUCGACUGGCUCAUUUUCGGCUUUUUAUCAGCAAUAUUUCAGGGAGAGGACCGCCGCCCUCCUCACCACAGCAGCUGCAGGGAAGUUUGUCCCUUUCGUCCUUGUUGUACAAACAAUGAACUGAGGACCCCAGCGCCUCAACAUCACAUAUCUCCGCAGCACCCAGUAUUCACCCUUGCCGUCCCGUCAGUAAAAAGAGUCGACAGCGUUGCCUCACCACACCUGGGCAAAAGAAAUGUGUGUGUGCGUGUAUCCUCGGAUGCAUGACUGUGUCUAAAUGUUUUUGGGCUAAAGUAAGCGGUAGUAGACUGCACUUCCUCUUUCACCCUCUGAGAGUCUCUUCUCCACUUGACUGACUACGAAAUUCGUCUCCACAAUUGCAAAGCAUCAUGGGUAGGAAAAAGAUUCAGAUCCAACGGAUCACUGAUGAAAGGAACAAGCAGGUACAUGGCAAAGAAUUACAAAGGUGACAUUCACAAAGCGAAAGUUUGGCUUGAUGAAGAAAGCCUACGAGCUGAGUGUAUUGUGUGACUGCGAGAUCGCUCUGAUCAUCUUCAACCAUGCGAACAAGCUGUUCCAGUAUGCCAGUACUGACAUGGACAAGGUCUUGCUCAAAUACACAGAGUACAACGAGCCUCACGAGAGCCGAACCAAUGCAGACAUUAUUGAGACUUUGAGAAAGAAAGGCUUCAAUGGUUGUGAUAGUCCAGAGCCAGAUGGUGAAGACUCCAUCGACCAAAGUCCCCUUAAUGAUGACAAAUACCGUAAGACCACAGAGGACCUGGAUGUUCUCUUCAAACGCUACGGACAGUCGACAGCUCCACCCCAGACGUUUUCCAUGCCAGUCACAGUCCAGGCGUCUAAUCAAAGCACACUGCAGUUCAGUAACCCUGGCAACGCACUGGUAACUACCUCCUAUGUAACAUCAUCAUCGCUCACGGAUACCCACCUCCUGUCACCACAGCAACCGGCUCUUCAGAGAAAUACGCUGUCUCCUGGGUUGCCACAGCGACCAGCCAGCGCAGGAGCUCUUCUUGGAGGCGAGCUGAAUAAUUCAAAUGGAGGAUGCCCAAGUCCAGUCCCUAAUGGAUACACCAGUGCCAGGGCCUCCCCAGGCCUCCUCACCGUUUCCAACGGCAACAGUCUAGGGAAAGUAGUUCCGGCCAAGUCUCCACCCCCACCUCCAAGCCCCCAGAUGGUCAACAGCCGCAAGCCAGACCUCAGAGUCAUCACCUCACAGGGCGGAAAGAGCCUCAUGCAGAUGACAGAGGAUGAGCUGGAAUUGGUAAACGAGAACGCCCAGCGGCUGGCAGCAGGAACCCAGGUGGCACAAAGCCUGACCACACCGGUGGUCUCUGUGGCCACGCCGAGCCUCCUGGCACAGGGGCUGCCCUUCUCCGCCAUGCCCACUGCGUACAACACAGAGUACCAGCUGACCAGUGCAGACAUCACUGCUUUACACGCUCUGGCGUCACCUGGCGGCUUGUUGCCAACCAGUGUGUCCACAUGGCAACAACAGCAGGCUGUUUCCCAGCAGCAGCAACAGCAGGCGCAGCAGCAGCAACAACAACAGCAACAGCAACAACAACAACAACAGCAGCAGCAGCACCAACAACAACUUAGUCUUGCAUCGCUUAGCAACUUGGUCAUGUGGGGCCUGGACAAACAGAGCAGUGAGCUGUCUAGCCAGGUGUCCAGUCUGGCUGCCAAUCUGAGUGUUGGCUCUCCGUCCAACCUGCUCUUGGGUAGAGAUGAGUGGUUGGGCCGGUCUGUGACCCAUAUACCUCAAGGUGCCAUGCUGACCGUCAACACAAACACCAGCGUGAGCAUCAAGUCAGAACCCGUCUCGCCUGGCCGGGAUCGCAGCACCCCUUGCCCUCCUCCAUCUUCCACCACGCCGUCCUCAACCUCAGGGGGAGCCAUCCUGACCGCACCGCCACAGUACCCCGGCUCCCUGCUAUGCCUGGAGCCCCCAACUGGCCGCUCGCCUGCAGACAGCGUCAGCAGCAACGCCAGCUCCUUUGAAGGCAGCGAUCGUGAUGACACUGGUGCAGCUGGUGGAGGAGGUGCAGGUGGAGGGGGCAGCGGUGGGGGCAGCGCAGCUGGUGCUACAGGAAGCACCGGUCCCGGCAGCCGCCCUGACUUCAGCCCCUCGGCCGAGCAUCUCAGGGCCUCGAACGAACCAGAGCAGGAGGGAGGAAACAUCAAGCGCAUGAGAUUGGACGCCUGGGUCACAUAGAAGCGCCUGCCACACCUCUUUGCACCCACAGUGAAGUUUUGUUGACACUUAAACAUCCACAACACACACCCACACUCAUCCUUAAACCUCCACUGCCAUGUGACACUAUCAUCACACAUCUGCCUCUGUCCAAAAUUAUACAGCUCAGCAGCUUCACCCAUACCAUACCAGACUUCUGAGGCUUUGCCAAAAAAAAUAAAUAUAUAAACAUCCUUUGGGGAUCGUGCUCUGAGUGAGGAGAGGAUGACUUAGUGCUCAGAUGGAUAUUUUGUCCUGUUUAGAUCCUUGAUUAGAGGGACAGUAGACAGUUGUUUUUUUUUAAACCUUCUUGCUUGAAUGGACUCACAUAUAGUAAUUUUCCAUAGAAAUGAGGUGUUGAACCUUUUUUUCAAUCUCACAAAACCAUAAAAAAAAUUCUCUUUCACAUGGUUUCACCUUCAUGUAAUUGCAUCGAGCUCUGCUACGUUGUUCAGAAUGGGAUUGGUGACUUGUCGACGUUGUGGGACUUGUAUGACUCACCACUUCCUGCUCUUUGAAAUCCAACGUCACUUGUAUUGUGUGCUGUCCAUUCUUCCAUUAGUCAUUUCCGAACUGCUUUUGGAUAGAACUUAAUCUGGACAAGUUUGAGGACUGAGCAUCUAUCUGGCACUGAGCAAACUGCCUCAAACUAGGUCUUCUAGGUAAAGAUACUUCACCAUGAGUGGUUCUUUCUGCUGCCACAUUUCCCAACCUCGUACACCCAGGCAGGCCCGAACCCUCAGGUGGAACCGAGCACCUUGCCAGAGUGCCAAUAUCAACCUCUCUUCAACAACAACAAAAAUGCCAAAUGCCUCUUGCACACAGUGCAAGGACUAUGACGAAUUAUCACGGUCACGGAAACAAGUACUAGAAACUGUUGAUGCUUUUCAGGCUUUGAAUUUGCCGUCACUCUCUCCUCAGACGGGGUGCUCCUCCCGUCCUCUCACCUCAUCUGGAACUUGGACGGAAAUUGUUGCAACAGAAAUCCAGCCAGCCACUCAGCUUACUACCAGGAGUAGAUGCCAUCCAGUUAAAUGCAUAGUAUGAGAUUAUUGAGCCUAGCUGGUGGCUUUUUUGGGUCUGAAAAGUAUUUGGUUCUUUAUCUGUUGGUAUUUAAAAAAAAAAGAAAAAAAAAAAAUCUGUUUUUGAAGGUCCGUUCGUUGUCCAAAAGUAGAAAUUCUGACUUUGUAUAAAAACCCUCCUUAUACAAAAGCUUUGAUGUCCUCUUUAGCUCUCUCUAGCUCUCCUUAGCUCUUUGCCGUGUUUCAAAAAGUGAAAGGAAAAAGACAUUUUCUAUAUUUCUACCACUUCAGUUGGCGACAAAGUAAAAUAGCUUUUCGGCUUCAACAACGUGUAUGUACAUAUGACUAUAUUUGCAUAGACUUUGCUAGGUAUCCCUAAAAACAAGCAAUGUGUUGAUUCUCAGUGGAUCUGUUUGCAUAUAUGAGUGUGAAUUUAAUAUGUUCCGAGCUACGGUGCAGGGGUUUCACCACACUAGGUAGUGCUGGUGGAUCGGACUUGUUUCAGUAAACUUAUUUUUUGCUAGUUGAUGGUGUGUGCACUUUCUGUCUCUCACAGAGGCCUGCUUGGUUGUGGUGUCAUCAUAUUAUCCUACCACAUAUUUAAAAACCCACGAUCAAAUUAAAAUUCCAUGACCACCUGAUCACGAAAUGAUUAGGACACUGACAUUCACUUAUAGUGUAGUUAAGAGAUAAAACGCACUUCUUUGAUGCAUAUUUUGACAUUAAGCAGACACCGAUUACGACUUUAUCCACUUUGAAAAUAAGUUGAGGGAUUGGCUACCAACUACUGUGUUUCUUGUUCAAUUGUAUGGUUUCUAGUACAAAUUUGUUUAGUUGAAACCAUUUCAAGUUUGUGUGUAUGAGUGUGUGGACACAGGUUGUUUAUAGCUUACAAAUAGGAAGUUUCUUCAGUGAUUGCUUGACCUUUUUUUUUUUCCUCCUUGUGACGAUGCUCAAAGUGCAGACUGUUGUGUCCACUGUUUAUUGACUGUUUAUUAUCUACUUAAACAAUCCUAUACUUUUAAGUCGGUGUAGGUGAAGUGGACACGGCAGCUUUUAUGAAUUGAUGCCGUUUGGUGCGAUUAUUCACAGCCCCCAGCAGAGUGUGAAACCAGUGUUUGACACUGUGGGGUUGUGGCGAGUGUCCGGUAAAAUGUUUUCUAUAAUCAGGUUAAUUUUGGGUAGCUUUUCACUCUGCUAAUUUCAGGUUAGUAGUACUGUUUUCUUCUUUCAGUCAUAAAUUUACCAUCCAACACUUUCAAUAAACUCAUGUUGGAGAAUAUUUGCCACUGAAACCGUUAAAGGAAUAAUUCUACAUUUUGGGAAACUCGCUUAUUCGCUUUCUUACCGAGAGUUAGAUGAGAAGAUCAAUACUCAUGUUUGUGUGGUAAAUUUGAAGCUACAGCCAGUUAUCUCAGCAGGAAAAGGAAAACUGUUAUCUCUAGAAUCUCUCUAAAAUUUUCAUCAAAAUGUAGCAUACAUUUUACACAAUUUCUUUACAAAAUCUACAAAAGAAAAUGUGAAUAAUACAAAUUUCCAUCCACUACAAUUAUGCGAAUAUAAGGAGUCUGGUGCAUCGAGACAGACAGUUAGUGGUGCUAAUUCUCUUUCGGAUGCCAUUUAACCAUUGCAGAAGAACACGGAGCAACAAGAUGAUGUAAUAAAAGGAGUGUCCGUCAAACCUCAAAUGAAAAAAAUGUGGAACACAUGAUGGAAAAAUAGCAUUUAUAUUUGUUUCAUGUAAUAAUUGGGGAAAUUGAGAAAUGUUAGUCUUAUCAUCACUCAACGCAGAUCUUAUGUUUGUACUUUGUCGCAUUUGGCUUUUAUUGAUAUACCAACUUUUCCACCUUAGUGCGAUAUUUACUUUUUUUUCUUCAAUUUUUCACUUACGAUCUUUUAAAAUCCAAUAUUAACACUAAUACAAUCAAUUCAGCUUUGUAUCUGGAUAACAUGUUAACGAAUCGUUACAAAUACAGAACACAGCAACAGUAGCUAAUUCAAGCUUUUUAAAUAAUGUGAAUACAAAGCUACCUGCGAUGGGACACCAUCUUGGAAUAAUGCGAAAACACUCCCGAGUUUGAAUAAGGGACAAAGCUCAAGCAAGAUUUAAGGUGUUAAUUUGGGAGAUUGAUGUUAGUAUGCUUCUUUUUUUACCUUUUGGAGGGAGCCAUGCUAGCUCUUUCCCCCGGCUUUAUGCAAAGCUGGGCUAACCCGCUGGAGCUUCAUAUUUAACAGACAAACAUUAGAGUGGUAUCAAACUUCUCAUCUAACUGCCCGCAAAUAAGCGCAUUUCUCAAAAUGUCCAACUAUUACUUUAAAGAUCCAACUGAUAAGUGGUACCAGCCUUCAGGCAGAGCUAAUGAGUCAUUUCUAUUUUUCCAACUAAUUUCAAUAGAACUUUGUCUUUGUGGGCGCUGAUGGUUGAUUGAAAUGUGACACCACACCGAUUGGUUUCCUGCCUCAUGCAGGUUUUGUUUAUGUAAAGAAAGGUUCUCUGUCCAAUCUAGCAAUUUAGUCACAAGACAAUCUAUAUGAGAAAUGAAAUCCUGCACCCAUGUUACUUGUUGUGUACAAUGUUUUUUAGAAUCUCACUAUUUUUGGAUUAUUUUGUGCUGGUGACAGUUCCAUUGUCUAUUAUUAUAUUAUUAUGGAGCUUUUAUUUUAUUGCUAUUUUGUGUAGGAUAGUUUUUAUUUUCUCUUCCUUAUCAUAAACAUAGUACUGGUUUCCUUUUUUUAAAACAACUUGCUGAAAAUUGCACGAUCAGUUAUUGUGGUAUUAGCAAAUGCAAUGAAGGAAAUACCAGUUAAAUGCUGCAAUUUUAAUUAAGAUAUAGAAUAUAUUUAUAAAAACGGGAAACAACUGAAAUUAGUAAUCAUGAAAUUUGAAAAAAAUGUAAAUGCAUGGGAUACAGGUAACAAUGUAUGUUACGUACAAUAAUGAUAAAGGACAUGCAUCAACAUUACAACUCAGAAUAAUGUAGCAUAUGAAAUACUAAAGAUGAAAUUUAUAGCUAAUAUAUUGUGUUGAGCUAGUCUGCUUUUCUUUUUUGUUGUAAAGAAAAUAUUUCUUUUUGUUUUUUUGAGAAUGAUAUACAAUUUGUGUAUAUUUUCAUAUACAAAGUAUGCACUGAUAUGUUAUUGAAAUUCUAUACCGCUUUUACAAAAAGUGUUUGUUGUACCAAAGUAUCCAAGUCCCUUGAAACCUUAUUACCCUUUUGCGUAUGUUUUACCGUAUUUUAUAUAUUAAAUAGACAAACUGAGUGAAAUUAA